AUGGCCUCGAGAACAGCGUAUUACUCCAACGUCUGGAUCAAUGAUGGCUACUGCGCCACGAAGAGACGUUAUGUGCACAAAGAUGGCAGCUGUAAAAUAGUAUUCCGUCACGUGCCUGGAGAUUGGCUUUUAUACGUGACAGACAUCUUUACCACACUGGUGGAGAUCCGCUGGAGAGUCAUGUUCUUGACCUUUGCCCUCUCGUAUAUCCUGUCCUGGCUCUUUUUCGGGAUCCUGUAUUGGCUUAUCGCACUGGUCCAUGGUGACCUGAAAAAUCUAGAAAAUGAGCCAUGCAUCUAUGAGGUGAGAACCUUUACAGCAGCCUUUCUCUUCUCUCUUGAGACACAGACUACCAUUGGAUAUGGUGCACGUGGUAUGUCUGAGACCUGCAUGCUGGCUAUCAUUAUUGUGACCAUCCAGGACAUCACGAGCGUUUUAAUCAACACCUUUGUAAUUGGGAUCGUUGUUUCCAAAAUGGCGUCAGCCCGGAAAAGAGCGCAGACAGUGGGGUUCAGCAAUACUGCCGUGAUUAACCUCCGUAAUGGCCAUCGGUGCCUGUCAUGGCGAGUGGGUGACUUCCGGAGAUACCACAUGGUGGAAGGAAUUACACACGCCCAGCUGGUCAGGCACACAGUGCACACAAAUGGUAAAGCUGACAUAACCUACUAUGACCUUGAAAUCCAAAACAGUCAUGUCCUUCUGGCUACUCCAGUGACAAUCAUCCACCAAAUCAAUUCCAGCAGUCCUCUGUAUAAAAUGGGUUUGCAAGAGCUACGCAGAGACAGCUUUGAAGUAGUGGUGACUUUCACCUACACAGAUGACUGCAGUGGGAUUCUCCAUCAAUCACGCACAUCCUACACUCCCAGUGAAAUCCUCUGGGGUCAGCAGUUUCAAGAGAUGGUGAAAACUACCCAGAAGACCUACAGAGUGGACUACAGGGUCUUUCACCAAACAGAUAAAGUCCCACUGAUGGAAAACAAUGCUGAAGACUAUGAACUAAACAAGCAUCUUCCAAGCCAUAAAGAAGACCCACAAAUGGGCAAGACUCUGGCAAUGGAGAAUGAAGAUAUCUUAGGUCAUCACUAUACCAGCAUUGCUAUUCAACAAGAAAAAUUAUAACAAUGAUAUCUAUAGGAGCUUACUUAGGGUGCAUUAA